AGUCGUCUUUCUUCAUGGUUCAAACCCCCACCUUUGCUCCCCAAUUUUCUAAGUCCGAACUACCUUCCUCUGAAACUACCGAAACCAUGCAGCCCACUACCCUAAAGAUCAUUUGGGAUGAAUAUGAUGACGAGGACUAUAAUCCCAUUUGGGAUGACGAACUUGUCAAAGAGAAGGAAGAAGUGUUUGAAGACGCAGAGGAUAACCCGUUUUGGGUUACACAGAUAAAAGAAGAAGAGCAAGAUGUGAAGACCCAUGAGAAAGUCAUCACUCCUGACGCGGAAACAUCCGCUGGAGACCCAUCUUCAUUAACGGUACCUUGUACCAAACGUGUUGAGUUUUUGCAGGUCCCGUAUGAAGAGAGGAUUGAGAAGAAUCGUGACUCGAAAUGGUCCAUUCAGCCCGGUGACCUAGUGUGGGUUCCCAUUCAUAAGGCGCGUUUAUUCAAUAAACGCAAAUCAAAGCUACAACCCCAAGACGAUUGCCCGUUUGAAGUGUUGGCAAAGGUUCACAAAAAUUCUUACCUGGUCAAUCUUACACGAGGCCUAGAAGUUGCUGCCACGUUUCAUCGAAGAGAUCUUAGCCCGUACGAGGAUUUUGAAGAUCUUCCGAGUUUGAGGACAAACUCUUUUGAAGACCGGGAGGAUGUGAUAUCCGGGCCUGGCCCUAUCAUACCCUCCCCCAUGUCCUACACCCUCGCAGAAACCAGAGGACUUAAGUUCAAGCAUUAUGAUCUGUUUUAGUGAGAAUUCCGAGUCCUUCAACCCAAGAGGCCAGAAUAGCUUCGGACCCGAGGGUUAACAAGCCAACUCCCACUCCGUCCAACCAAACCCAAAAUAUCCAAAACUUCUUGCCAUUUACUUCAUUUCAAAAUAAAGUUUUUCCUACUCU